UGGGCAGCUGUGAAGUGAGCGCCAAGUUGCUCCGCCACUUUCGGUCCCAACUUCGCUCUGCCUUCGACGUCCACGAUGGCUACCGCUCUUGCGUCCCUCCUUCCAAAGCCGCCUACGCUUCUACAGUGUAUACAGCUCCCAGUUGCAGCGCCGUCACAGUCGGUGAUUCUACGCGCGGCAGUCCCUCCGUACGGGCAGCGUCCAGGAUGGAAGCCCACAACACCGGAUGACUUUGGCGAUGGCGGUGCUUACCCUGAAUGCCAUGUUGCACAAUAUCCGCUGGGUAUGGGGAAGAAGAAGGCUUCUUCUGGCAACACACUCGCCCUUCAAGUAGACUCCGAAGGCAAUGUCCGCUACGAUGCCAUUGCUCAGCAAGGCCAACGUGCCGGCAAGAUCGUACAGUCGCAGUUCAAAGACCUCGUGCCGUUGGCACACCGGAAAGACCUUAAUGACACAGAACGGCAACUGGAGCGUCCGUCGGAGGAUGAGAUUAAGGCAGCACAGCCGAAGAAUGUCCCGGAUGGCCAAGGCAAGACGUCGUUCAUCCGCUAUACACCAGGCCAGCAGGGUGGAUCAGACGGGCUGAAGCAGCGUAUCAUCAAGAUGACGGACAUUGUCGAGGACCCGCUGGAGCCUCCAAGGUUUAAGCACAAGAAGAUUCCCCGAGGACCGCCUAGUCCGCCCCCACCAGUGUUGAGGAGUCCUCCCCGGAAGGCCACGGCUCAGGAGCAAAAGGAGUGGAUGAUCCCGCCAUGCAUAUCUAACUGGAAGAACAACAAGGGUUACACCAUCCCGCUUGAUAAGCGUUUGGCAGCGGACGGCCGAGGCCUACAAGACGUUCACAUCAAUGACAACUUCGCUAAACCGUCAUGCACGCGAGAAGUCCGACAACGAGCAUUGAUGCAACAGAAGCUCGCCGAAAAGGAGAAGGCCCAGAAGGAGGAGAACCUCCGUAUGCUUGCUCAGCGUGCUCGCGAGGAACGUGCUGGCAUCCCUGCAUCAGCACGGACAGCAGACAGCAAGCCAUCCGCGGAGCGUACUGCCGCUAUGCAGUCAUCACUAGGUGCAUACGGCAGUGGCUCGGAGGACGAGUCCGAACCCGAGGAAGAGGAGGACGAGGACGCAGCGCGGUUGCGCGACCAGAUGCGGCAGGAGAAGCGACGCGAACGCGAGCGCGAGAUGCGCAUGUCGAACAUGGGUACGGAGCAGCGGCGAAGAUGCUCGCACGCCAGCAGAACCGCGACAUCUCAGAGAAGAUCGCGCUGGGGCUCGCGAAGCCGACGCUUCCAAGGAGAGCAUGCUCGACUCGCGGCUGGUACGGAGGAGGGUAUCACACAGGCUCUCGACAACGAUCGUUUUGGCAUGGGUCAAGCCAAGGUCGGCUUCGAGGGAGCGCAGGACCAGGAAGUCCGCGAGGGUCCUGUGCAGUUCGAGAAGGACACUGGCGAUGUGUUCGGUCUCGACAAGUUCUUGGACGAGGCGAAGAGCGGGAAGAAGAGGGGUCUGGAUACAGACGUCGGCGGUGCACGCAAACGCCAACAAUUAGACAAGGCUGCGGAGCGCGACUUGUGAGCCAUGCGUCGUUUACCUUUCUCCGCUGUGCUAGUAGUGUAUCAUGUUCUCAUUUUACUUAGCCAUAACUUACGAGUGCGCU